CGUACUCAGCACUUUUCAGAAGUCCGGAAACAAGGCGUGCGGGGUGAGGUGCUCCCACAAAUUGCUUGGAUCAUGGCGAAAUUUUCACGGAUAUCCAUUGUGUUCCUUCUAUGGCUCUCAGUAUUCGUUUCAGAGACUGCUAUGGUGAAAAUUCAUCGAGCUGUGCCGCGAAAUGGGAAGCAAACGCGCGCAGAUUCAGACUUGAGUUGGCUUGGUUUUGAACCCUGUAAAUUUCUGCCCGAUUUGUCGAAGAUUUUCAUGAAGAAAGAAGCGUGGUUGUACUCGAUUCCGGCCACAAUUCUAGUGGGAAUGUGCGGUAUAUUUCCGCUUCUUGUGAUCCCUGUGGAAGCUGGACAAGCUUUGCGAGAAGGCGUCACUGCAGAUCAUCUGAAGUUGCUGUUGAGUUUUGCUGUUGGUGGCUUAUUGGGAGAUGUUUUUCUGCAUCUGUUGCCAGAGGCUUGGGCUCAUGUUCAUGAAGGAGAUCCACACACCAAUCAUUUCUACAUUGGCUUUUGGGUGCUGGCUGGAAUCUUUGGAUUUUUAACAUUAGAAAAAAUAUUUGGUGAAGAAAGUGAAGAUGAAAAAAAUCUCAAGAAGAAAGACAACAGCAAAGGAAAGGAUGUCAAGAAUGGUACCAUUUCCAAUGGAUGUGUUAAUCAUGAAAACACGGCUAAGAGAAAAAAUGUAUGCAAUGGAGAACUUCAUAAUGGGACAGUUUCUAAUGGAGAAGUUAAAAAGUCAGAUAUACAGUUAAGGCAAAGACAUGGAGAAACUGCUAGUCACUGUAGCGCAUCUAAAGAAACAGUUCAAGUAGCAGAUAAUCGAGAAACACAAGACACAGAGGAAGAAAAUGUCAAAGUUAUUGGAUAUCUAAACUUGUUGGCAAACUCAAUAGAUAAUUUUACACAUGGCCUUGCUGUAGCUGGAAGUUUUGUUGUCAGUACAAAGGUUGGAUUGUGUACAACCUGUGCAAUUCUUUUACAUGAAAUACCACAUGAAGUUGGUGACUUUGCUAUCCUUUUAAAAUCUGGAUUUAGAAGAUGGGAUGCAGCAGUAGGACAAAUGGUGACAGCAUCAGCUGGACUUGCUGGUUGUGUUUUUGGGCUUAUAGCAGAUCAUGCAGGUGAUUCCACAGCCUGGGUUCUUCCCUUCACCUCUGGAGGCUUCAUCUAUAUUGCCUUGGUAACCAUUGUUCCAGAUCUUCUACAGGAAACAAGACCAAAGGAGUCGAUGAAACAGACUAUUAUGAUGAUUGCUGGCAUCUCUUGUAUGGGGCUUGUCUCACUGAUUCACUAGACUACACUUCUAGCAACUGUGGGUUUUUUUUUUUUUUAAACCAAUAGCACAUUCACUCACAUAGAAAUGGUUGUGUUUGUUUGUGUAGCAUAGAAAAAGUAAUUGUAAGUUGAAUUAAAAAAAAUAAUAGAAUGACUUCUUGAAAGCUAUCCACACUCAGUCAUAGAAGUAAAGUUCACUCUUAAUGCUAGAAUUCCACGGCAUCAUGUACAGCAGUAAUAAAUUAAUGAAUAUAACUAUUUUAAUGUAAUUACCAUUAUGUAUGUAAAGUAACAACUUACUUGAAUCAAUACUAUUUAUUCACAAGGCAAAGGCAGGGAUAGAACUGCAUUGAUAAUUGAUUUUAGAAAACAACGCACAAAAUAAAUUACUGUCAGCAUUUUGUAGUUCAAAACAUGCCAAGGAAUAGAAUAAUAACAGGGUAUUCGACAGUGAUUGAUGUGGUCAUAAAGUAAGUGAAUAACACAAGUUGGCCUUUGUCAUAUUUAACUACAUAAAAUAGUUGAACUAGUGAAAAUACUCCAACUGGUUUCUAUGAUCAAACCAUUUAAAAUGGUCAAACUGGAUAGAAGUAGCCCUGCAUCAUCAUUUAACUUGAAGUGUUCAUAAAACCUUCAGCAAUUUUUUGUAAUUUGUCAUGUGACCGGUAUAGGCCAGCUCAUGCUUUUAUAGGAAAACAUAGCAGAAGCCCUCGUAGUACAAGGACUGGCCUUAUACAGCUGAUUGUACAGCCAUGCAAUGAGGGAGGAUGGAAAAAGUACAACAAGAAAGGCGAAGAGCAGUGGUCAUACUGUAUGCUAAAAGGCUUUUAGGUUGGGUAGCAUAGGAAAACAUUUGCCUAGUCACAACAUAUAAUGAAAUUUUUAUUUUUUUUCAUCACAGUAAGGCAGGAAAUCUGCAAAAAAAUUUGGAAACCUUAGUCAUACAGGUUUACCCCUGUUAUUUUUACUUAACUAACGUUCUUGUAUAUUUUCCACAAAACAUUGUGUCACAAGCUAAAACUGAGACUAUUUUGAAAAUCAUUGGACAAUAACAGUAUUUUUGAAUAGAGUCUAUAUAAAUCUGAUAUAAAAUCUCAAUCAUUGGGGAAUUUAAUUUGUAAUUGUAGGGGACAAAGUAACCUAAUUUAACUGUAUUUUAACAUAACUUAUAGCAGGUUAUUUUACAUAAUGAAAGGGUACCCACAAUCCGGGACAAAACAGUUGACACAUUCCUAUGAAGAUCCCGAUAUUCUGGGACUGGAAACAGAUUUCAUCCAUAUUAUCUAUACUUUUACCAUCUUUCCCACGUACUGAUACAAUGUUUCACUUUGUUUUCUGUGAAUUUAUGAUAUUGAAUUGGGAUGUUGACAUGAUGUAUUAAGUAGCAGAUAAUAUCAGAUUUCAUUCAUGGAAAGUGGCUUGGUGAAUGUUUUGUCAAGUAAAUUUGUCCCGGGUGGCAGGUAGUUUUAUAGGGAUGGUUUGUUUGGGAUGGAAAUUACUUUUAAUUUAGACGUUUGAGAAUGUUUUAAACAUGGACAAGGUGUGACCUGAGUUUUAAACCAAACAUAGUAAUGGAAGAUUAUCUCAAUAUACCAAAGAAUUUGGUAACAUUGAGAAAAUUUAUCUGAAAUAAUUAAUACUAUAUUGAUGGCUUGAUGAUGUUAAACAAGCCUUUGUGGAUGGCUAAGAAGUUAUGAAUGUAUUUUCAUACUAAUUUUAGAAUUUUAAUUGUAUAUAUUGAUAAUUAGUGAGAGGCAUUACUUGCUUGUAAUCGUUUUAAGAAUCUGUCAGUCAAAGAAAUUAAAUUGUGUUCAAAACAUGA